UAGGAGUAUUUGCUAAUUUAUUAUUGUUUCUUUAAAGUAAUUAUAGUACUCUGCUCUGCUUCUUCUCUUCACAUUCUCUGCUCUGUUCUAUCACUCUCUGUCUCUCUCUCCCUCUUCCUCUUUUUUUCCCCGCCUCUCUGCUAACAGUCAAAUACCAACAAAACAGAGCAUUUCUCAAAAUAAGCUUUUCCCCAUUGUGAAGGAGCAUUAGUUCAUUAUAUGCUACGUCUAAAUGAUUGUGACGAACGGAGAUGGUUUUCGACAAAUGAUUCAUGUUAGUUUGAUUAUGUUGGUCUAUAGCAUUCUGCCGAAUUUAGAAAUUUAGGCAAAUGAUCUUGGAGCUGCUUGCUGCAGUGUAAUCUAGUUGAACUGCUGCUUUAAAAGUUCCAAAUGCAGUCCUGAUAAGACAAUCACUUGGGUUGUUCCUGUUGCUAAAGAGGCAUCACAUAAACUGAUUAAGUGUUCAAUGUAAGCAUUGAAACAACUCAGAAGUAGAGGCAUGUCUACCAGGUUGUACAAUCAACCAAUGCAGGAAGUUGAGGACUACUGCAUGCCUCAGUUCCAAACUUUGGACCACCAGCUAUGCCACAGUGGCGGCAGCCAAGGAUCCAAUUUAUCUACUCUGACUUCCCGUGAGCAAUACUGCACCCUGGAGUCAUAUUCGGCAAAUGGCAGUUGUACCAUUUACAGAUCUCCAUCAACCAUUAGUUUCUCACCUAAUGGAAGUCCUGUGUCACAGCAAGAGUCUCGGUCAUACCCACCUGAUACACGCCAUUCUCCUGACAAUAACAAUGGCUCCCCACUAAGUGGUUCCUGCAUAACUGAUGAUGUUCACGACUUCCAGGACAAGUUGAAAGAAUUAGAAAAUGGAAUGUUUGGUCCUGAUUCUGAUAUCAUUGAAAGCACCUUCCAGAAUGGGGCGAUCAUUAAGUCGCCUGAAAUGGAUGGCUUAAGACAAAUAAUGGAGGCAAUUUCUAGAGCGGACCUAAAACAUGUCCUUGUUGUGUGUGCACAAGCAGUGUCAGAAAAUGAUCUGUUAAAGGCACAAUGGUUAAUGGAUGAACUGAGACAAAUGGUGUCGGUUUCUGGUGGACCUAUUCAAAGAUUGGGUGCAUACAUGUUGGAGGGGCUUGUUGCUCGGCUAGCCUCCUCUGGGAGUUCUAUCUACAGAGCUUUGAGAUGCAGAGAACCAGCCAAUGCUGAGCUGCUCUCUUACAUGCACAUUCUUUAUGAGGUGUGUCCCUAUUUCAAAUUUGGAUACAUGUCAGCAAAUGGUGCUAUUGCAGAAGCCAUGAAGGAUGAAAACAAGGUUCACAUAAUUGAUUUCCAAAUUGGUCAGGGGAGUCAGUGGGUCACUUUAAUUCAGGCAUUUGCUGCUAGACCUGGUGGGCCACCCCACAUCCGCAUUACAGGUAUUGAUGGUUCUACAUCGGAAUAUGCCCGUGGAGGAGGACUGACUAUCGUGGGGAAGAGACUAUCUAAACUUGCGGAGAUUGUUAAGGUGCCAUUUGAAUUUCAUGCCGCUGCCAUGUCUGGUUGUGAGGUUCAGGUAGAGAACCUUGGUGUUCGUCCUGGAGAGGCACUAGCUGUGAAUUUUGCAUUUGUGCUUCACCACAUGCCUGAUGAAAGUGUCAGCACUGAGAAUCAUCGUGACCGGCUUCUGAGGCUGGUUAAAAGCCUGUCUCCAAAGGUGGUGACCCUUAUUGAGCAGGAAUCUAAUACGAAUACUGCUGCAUUCUUCCCUCGGUUCCUCGAGACAUUAAACUAUUACAUGGCUAUGUUUGAAUCGAUAGACGUAACUCUCCCAAGAAAUCACAAGGAGCGGAUCAAUGUUGAGCAGCAUUGCCUGGCAAGGGAUGUUGUUAACAUAAUAGCAUGUGAGGGAACUGAGAGGGUGGAACGGCAUGAGCUUCUUGGGAAGUGGAGGUCACGGUUCAGAAUGGCAGGGUUUACUCCAUACCCUUUAAGCUCAUUAGUAAAUGCCACCAUCAAAACUCUGCUUGAGAACUAUUGUGAUAAAUAUAGACUUGAAGAGAGAGAUGGGGCUCUUUAUCUUGGUUGGAUGAACAGAGAUUUGGUGGCAUCUUGUGCAUGGAAAUAAAAAGUUUGCCAUUUUCUUGAAACUACCAUUUCAAUUUCAAUGCCUUGAACCUUUUUUUUUUUUUCCUUGUGCCUGGCUUUGGUGCUUCUGCUUCAUCAGGAUAUGUUCAUAUUCUUAGAGAAUUAGGUGUUGGAUUCCAAAGUGUUAUCCUCUGACCGUUCUAAUUUUCUAAUGAAAUGCAAGAAUGUUUUCAGGUUGUA